UAAAGAUUAUACAAUUUUGUAAUAAUCAACACUGGACUUUUGAUAUGAAAAGUACGUAAUUAUUCUAGUCUAAAGGUGGAAUUGUCUUUUGAAAAAGUAUCUAGAUUUUGUACAGACAUACACACUUUCUAUAGUUUAUUUACCCACAGCCAAACAAAAUAAUUUAUCUUUCACAUUUGUAAUAGUGAGAUUUUCAUACAAAACAGAACCAUAUACCUUCUUCUUUUACCUAGAAGUUGCUAGGAUGAUUCAGAGGGGGUUUCUGAUAAGAUAUUCCCACCCAACUUGUCAAAUAUGAUGACAGAAGAAUAUAUUCCAACAAGAUAGAUAAAAUGAUAUGUGUACAAGAAUUCGAAUCCCAAAUCACAUGGUAUAUGUUACAAGAUUAAACCGUUUCUUUUUCUUACGGUUUGGUAAUAGUCUUCUCAAUUCUCAUAAAUCCAGUUUCAGUUCUUCAAAACGCUUUGAUACCUGAUGAUGAAUACAAACUAAGGAUUAAUGCCACAAUUGUUUGUUAACUCAAAGAAAGCUCAGAGAUUUACCAAUCAUAAUCAUCAACAUCAAUUGUUCACUAGAAGUGAGAUAACAUCGAUCAUCCAUCAUCAAGUUAAAUCAUGUCAUGUCUUAUUCAUUCACUAUCUGUUAACAAGUUCCCAAGAAGAGUUAUUAAAACCAGAAAGUAAAAGACAAACCUUAAUAAUGGAGUAAGCCAAUGGAAGCAAGGUAUCUUGGAUUCAUUGCAUCUUCAGGGAAAAUUUUCAGAGCAUGUAUGAGUUUUAUAAACGGUAUUUUACCUCCAGUGUUAUGAUUUGGAUACAUUUAAGAAAGAAAAAGCUAUGUCAACUUACAGGUCGUAAGCAAAACUUCACUCACCACUCAUCUUGGCAAAUACUUCAACAAUGCUAAGCCCACUUCGAACACGCUUUUUUUUUUUUUUUUUUUAACGAUUGAACACGCUUUUUUUUGUCUGAAAUAUUUAUAUAUACAAAUUCAUCUUUCAGAUAAACGAAUGCAUCAAGUGAACAAAGGCUUAGAACCUUGUCUAAGAAACUCAAACAGAACAAGGGCUUUGCCAUGUGGAGACUACUCAACAUUGUUCUAGCUUGAACCGCUUUAGCUAAUGUUUGCCUGCCUCCUCCAAAUUUUCGAUUCGUAGGAGCUGAUCUGGCCAUAACAUUGUUAAUGAAGCUAUAUUGCUCGCUGCUCGUAGAGGUGGGGAAGUGGUGUCACGGGAAGAUAUAAUGGAAGCUAUAGAGAGGGCGAAGUAUGGGAUCAAUGACAAGGGAGUGAGGCCAGAGACUUUAGGAAAUGAGCUUAGCAAGCUGUUUCCAUGCAUGGAUAUGCCAUCUUUGGCUGGGAGGAAGAGGAACGGUCCAGAUCAAGAUGGUUCACAAGGACCGUUUGGUUAUCAAACUCUCAGCUAAACCAAACCGGUUUGAGAGCAAAUCCACUGAUUCCGAGUCUCUUUGCAUCUGAAAAUUUUGAAAAAUGUAGCUUUUUGUUAGUUAACAUACAUUAUAUAUACAUAGCCUAUAAAACUGCAUCAAACAUAUAAUGUAGAACACUGAUUAUGGUUGUUUUAUUUUAGUAAAUAACCUAUUAGCUAACCUUGUUUCAUGCUAAUCCAGAGUCUUCGGCAUCUCUCAUAUCCCUGAAACUAAAAUAGAUAAUUCAUUCCUAAUCACUUUUUAUUAUUCUCUUUCUUAAAAUGGUUUAGCUUUUGGCAAUAACGAGAUGGAACUUCCUGUAACAAAACUACGCAUAGGACUAGUGAUCUUCCCUCUUAUACUACUUACAAUAGCUCCAAUCCUUUAUCUUCUUUUUGGUUAUCCUCUCUAUUAUUCAUCACCAUCAUCGAUAUACAAGCGUUUAACAACAUCAUCAUUGGAGAAACCUUUGCCAUCGCUUUCUUCUACGUAUAACCAUUCAUCCAGUCCAUCACCGCUAAUAGCGUCAUCAUCAUCGGAUCAUGAUGAGACAUUAUCUGCAGAACAUUUGUUGGAUGAUAACGAUUAUGACGAUACAUAUCAUGGUCUCAAGCCACCAUCAUCUUUGCGUAACAACAUUUCCAUAUCAUCGUCAAAUGUUGAGCAUCAAGAAAAGGAGCAUCGCCGGAAAAGGAGAAAAGCGAAUGGAUGUGAUCUAUUCUCCGGUGAGUGGGUUCCAAACCCUGAAGCUCCCUACUACACAAACACGACAUGCUGGGCGAUACACGAACACCAAAACUGCAUGAAAUAUGGAAGACCUGAUUUAGGUUUCUUGAAAUGGAGAUGGAAACCGAAAGAGUGUGAUCUCCCUUUGUUUGAUCCUUACGAGUUUCUUGAGAUCGUUAGAGGAAAAAACAUGGCGUUUGUUGGUGACUCCGUUAACAGAAACCACGUGCAGUCUUUGAUCUGCCUACUCUCGAGGGUGGAAGAACCCGAGGAUGACUCACGACAACAAGACUUCGACUUUAACUUCCAAAGAUGGAAAUACAAAACGUACAACUUCACAAUCGCCACCUUUUGGACAACACAUUUGGUUCGGUCCGAGGAAAACGGUCCAGCUGGUCCUAACUCAUUCUACAACCUCUACCUCGAUGAACCGGACCCUUCUUGGGCUUCCCAAGUCGCCGAGUUCGAUUACAUCAUCAUCUCCUCCGGGCAAUGGUUUUUUCGACCACUCUUCCUUUAUGACAAACAAAAAAUGAUUGGAUGUUUGUAUUGUUAUAUUCCCGGGGUCAGAAAUGUCGGUGCACAUUUUGCAUAUAGAAGAGCAUUAAGAACAACGUUUAAAACAAUCAUAGGAUUAGCGAAUUUUAAAGGAGAGGUGUUUCUAAGAACAUUUGCACCUUCACACUUUGAGAAAGGUGAAUGGGAUAAAGGUGGUAAUUGCCUGAGAACUCGACCUUUUAGGAGCAAUGAGACAGAGUUGGAAGGCAUGAAUCUGGAGACACACACCAUUCAGCUCGAUGAAUUUCGCAUUGCGAAAAGAGACAAAAACAAAAGUAAUGGAUUAAGUUUGAGAUUACUAGAUGUAACACAAAUGAUGUUGUUAAGACCAGAUGGACAUCCAAGCAGAUUUGGACAUAAACCUGAAGAUAAAGUUAUAUUAUACAAUGAUUGUGUACAUUGGUGUUUACCAGGUCCUAUUGAUUCAUGGAACGAUUUUUUACUCGAGAUGUUGAAAAUAGAGAUUUAGUAUUUUUUUUUAGAUCCAUUCAAAAGUGAAAUUAAGGUAAUAGAAUCUGCAGUUAUUCGUAUAUGUAGUUAUAGUACUGUUUCUUCUUACAGUGUGUUAUAUAGGAUUGUUUUAUUUUAUAUUAGGAUUCACCAACCAAUAGGAUUGUUUUAUUUUAUAUUCGAUAUCUUUUAAAAAAUGAAACAAAAUAUUGUCAAAUUAUAUUAUGUUUUUAAAAUUUAAAAGUAAAAAAAAAUAGUAAUAAUUACAAAAAAAAUAUUUUACGUCGUCAGCAUAACAUUAAAC